AUGGCGAAGGAAUACAAAUAUCUCACUCAGGAGGAUGUCGAGUUCUUCAUGGAGAACGGCUAUAUCGUGAUCAAACAGGCGUUUACACCCGAGAAGGCUGCAGAAUGGACGAAAGACAUGUGGGUGCGCCUAGGGCUCGACCCGACCGACAAGACCACCUGGGACCGCGAGCGCAUCCAUAUGCCCUGGCACAAGCGCGAACCCGUCGCCGCGUUCGCACCCAAGGCCUGGGACGCGAUGGCCGACCUCCUUGGUGGGGAGGAGCGCAUCGACCCACCGAGCAGCACGUGGGGCGACAGCUUCAUCGUGAACCUGGGCACGCCCGAACUUGAGGGACCCGACAAGUACAUCCACCCGACGGAUCUCGACAACUGGCACGUCGACGGGGACUUCUUCGUGCACUUCCUCGACUCGCCCGAGCAAGCGAUGCUCGUCAUCCCGUUGUUCUCCGACAUCAAGCCCCGCGGCGGCGGCACAUACAUCUCACCUGACGGCAUCGACCUCAUCGCACCGUACCUCGCAGCGCAUCCCGAGGGCGUGCUCCCCACAGGGCUCUCAUUCACGCCAUCAACGAGCACUGCGGCGGAGCCGAAGGACGAUCCGGAAUACUGGUCGCAUUUGAAGGAGAUCAAGCGGUGCAAGCGCUUCGUAGAGGUCACGGGCGAGAUCGGCGACGUGGUGCUCAUGCACCCGUUGAUGCUGCACACGGCAUCGAAGAACCACCUCCGUGAGGUGCGCGUUAUCACAAACCCGCCGGUAGGCUUGAAAGAACCGUUCAAUUUUGCGCGGGACGACCCGAGCGAGUACAGUCUAGUCGAGCUGAAGACGCUGAAGGCGCUUGGAGUGGACCGUUUCGACUUCAAACCGACUACGGAGAGGAGGCGUGUCACGCCGAGGCGCGUCUUGUUGCAGCAGAAGAUGUUGGAGGACGAACGGAAGAGGCUGGAGGAAUUAGCCAAAGCUGGCGCUAAUGUGGAUGUGGGAAGUGCUGCCCAGCCCAUUGCAGUUGCCUGA